CUUUAUUUAUGAAGUAAUACAUUUUGGCAGGGACGUAUCUAUGUCCCUCAUUUUGGGAAAAAAAUCAUUUACAUUUCGGUCAAUCUCGGGACAUCUUCGCUAACCAAGAUAUAGAACGAAGGGAAGCAACUCUGAUAAUUCGACGGAAUUGCCCGAGUGUGAUGCGUCUGCCUUUGACCUGUGAACUGAACCCAGACGAUACACAACCACGACUGCACGAGUUCAGUGACAGCUGAUGGAGGGUGUCGAAUCGGUGUUAUCGAGAUUUGGUGGACAUAUUUGAUAAGUCGUCUCAGGAAUGAAAACUGGAAUCAAAUAAGAAUUUUGAAAGUGAUCAGACUUCUUCUCGGUGUUAGAUUAAUUGAACACAAUCUCAACACAACACUGAGUGAAGCCUAUAAUGGCAGAAGAGAAAACGCCCUUGUUGGCCGCGAAAGAUGAGUCGGAGGCUGUCUAUGCCAAUGUCAUCCCUAAAGGUCUCCCAAAUCCCAACCAUGAACAUACUACGCCUCAAGGCAUCAAAGACACAAGAUUCGCACAGAGUUCUAGUGGUUCAACAGAAGUCAGGGAAAAUUUGCUGUAUGAGCCAUACAACGGGCCACUUCCGACAGGGAAUAGGUACCAUCGUCAGAGUUCCAGCGUAGCAGAGGUGACACAACCCAUCUACCUAUCAUGGAAAGACAUCAACGUAUACGCCAUGCCUCAGGACAGGGGAUGUUGUCGGGGACCUGCCAAAGGGGCCGAACCAAGACACAUUCUCCGCAAUGUAUCUGGAAUUGUAAAACCAGGAACAUUGCUGGCUAUCCUAGGAGCCAGUGGUGCUGGGAAGUCAACAUUGAUGAAUGUGUUGACCUACAGAAACCAGACAAAGAAUUUGGUCGUACAAGGUGAUGUUCGACUCAAUGGAGUUGAAGUUGGCAAAAAUAUUCGAAAUAUGUCUGCCUACCUUCAGCAGGAUGAUCUGUUUAUAGGAACUCUCACUGUCCGGGAACAUCUGAUAUUCAGGGCUUUGCUAAGAAUGGACAAAAGAAUCCGUAACAAGGAACGUCUACAGAAGGUUGAAGAAGUCAUACGAGAGCUUGGUCUAUCAAAGUGUGCCAACACAGUCAUAGGAACGCCUGGUCGAGUAAAGGGGAUAUCAGGGGGCGAGAGGAAACGACUGGCGUUCGCCUCGGAAGUGUUGUCCAAUCCCCCACUGAUCUUCUGUGAUGAGCCCACUUCCGGCCUGGACUCAUACAUGGCUAAAAACAUUGUACAGACCCUCAAGUUAUUGGUGUCCAAUGGACGUACCAUCAUCACCACCCUUCACCAGCCAUCCUCCGAGGUGUUCGAAAUGUUUGACCAAUUACUGUUAUUGACAGAAGGACGAGUUGCCUACUUCGGCCCUGCCAAAGAAGCACUAGCAUUCUUCUCCAAUGAAAAUUUCCAGUGCCCUCCAAACUACAAUCCAGCCGAUUACUUCAUCAUGACUCUGGCUAUCCUACCAGACAGUGUGGAAACCUGUAAACGCAGGGCUGAGUCUAUAUGUAACUCGUUUGAGAAAACCAGCACCUGUAAGGCCAUUAUGGACGACAUUGGAGAAGCCAUGAAUGUGUCAUCAAAUGGACACAGCCUCAGUUCUGUGUUUGAUGCUUCAAGGUAUGGUGCCAGCUGGUUUACUCAGUUUGUCAACGUCUUGUGGAGAAGUUGGGUCACAAAUGUUCGUGAUCCAAUCGUGUUUAAAGCCAAGAUUUUCCAGACCAUUGUAAUCUCUGUGUUGUUCGGACUGAUCUACCUGAAGACAAAUGAUGAAUACAACCAGAAUGAUGUACAGAACAUCAAUGGACUCCUCUUUCUCCUCCUCAUCCAGAUGACGAUGCAGAACCUGUUUGCUGUUAUCAAUCUUUUCCCGUUGGAGCUGCCUAUAUUUCUGAGGGAAUAUGGUUCCGGUCUGUAUGGUGUGGAUAUAUAUUUCCUCUGCAAGAACAUAGCUGAGAUUCCAGCUUUUACAAUAUUCCCAUUCAUAUUCUGUACAAUCCUGUACUGGAUGUCAGGACUAUACCAGGCAGCUGAUAACUACCUUUUCCUGUGUGGGAUUAUCAUAUUCUCCGCCAACAUUGCUGGGUCGUUUGGUUACAUGGUGUCGACAGCCUUCAGUAGUGUGAAUGUAGCCCUGGCGGUGGCCCCAGCUAUUCUCACCCCUCUUCUUCUAUUUGGUGGCUUCUUCCUCAACAACAGUACUAUACCGGACUGGUUGCUGUGGGUCAAGUACCUUUCCUGGUUCCAGUUUUCCAACGAACUGAUAUCUGUAAAUCAAUGGAAGGAAGUGGACAUCAUAUACUGUGCCAAUGUGACCGAACAUCCCGCCCCAGAAGGAUCGCCUAUAUGUGGUACAGGGCCAGCCAUUCUAGACGGUUUCAAUUUCAGUGACGACAAUCAGCUUCUGGACUUAUUGGUGAUGACAGCCCUUUUUGUGGGAUUCCGGCUGAUAUCUUUUCUUUUCCUGGUUUUGCGGGCAAAGCGAUCCAAAGCAUAAAGCCAGGGUCAUAUUCCUGAUAUAGAUGUUUCUAGCUUUAAAAUAAAUAAGGUCAGGGUCUUGGAAAUGAUUUAGUUUAACAUUAGAAACCUUAUUUUAAAGCAUGAGGUAGUGUUCUGAUUAGCUUUUUUAGAUAAUUUCAGGUCAUUUUGUCUCCUGCUUUUGACAAAAUUGUCAUGAUUUGACAUUGACAAAUUUAUUAAAUGAUUACUUUUUCUGAUCAUUCUGACCAUGAAUAAUAUUAAUGCACAAGACAAGAUAUUUAAAAACACAUUCAAAAUAUUUUAUCCCUUCUCGGUGAAUGUUUGUCUUCUUUUGCGUUCUGUUGAUGAGAAAUGGAUUUUCACAGAAUAUGUUAUUAAUGACAAUAACAAACAUGGUCUGGAUGAACAUUGUUAUGUAAAAUCUAACUUUGAUUGAAAUUCACAGAACUUGUAAACAAUUGUGCCAUAUUUGGUUCAGAUCAUUAAAGUAAGAACGCCAAUGUGAUACUCAUUUUGCUGUGAUAAACCUCUUCAUUAGAAAAUUAUAGUUAUAUUUUAUCAUUCAUGAAUUCAGGUUAGUUUCACUUUACAAUAUUUAAUAUUGAACAAAUUUUAUCAUUCAAGGAUUCAGGUUAGUUUCAUUUUACUAGUGUUUAAUAUUGAACACCUGUACGAUAUAAGUAAUCUACUGUUGAUUGUGACAAUUAAUGCACCUUUUAAGACCACCAUUUAUGCAUAUAUAUUUUUUUUUAAUUUGUAUAUUAUGUUGAUUAAUGGAUGAUUUCAAAAACUGAUGCAUCUUACAAAAUUAAGAUGCCAAUUCAUGAUAGUAUUCCAGUAUUCUAUAAGCAUAAUGAUGUGGUGUUGAUCAUUACCAAGUGGCCACCAUUUGCCCUUUAGACUCUAAGGUAGACUUUUGUGAUUCUAAUGUUGUGAUUCUAAUGUUAAUUUGUUUUUACGACCUACAUUUGUGUUUUAUGAAAUAUAUUCAGUAUGUAAAACAAUUGUAUUGAUUGAUUCUCCCACCUUAGUCAGACAAACAUACCACUGGCAUAUCAUUUUAUCUGGUUAAACAGGUCCUCUGAUGCACUAUUUUUUGAAAUUAUCUAUUGAUUUGUUGUUCAUUGAUUUAUGCUAAAAUGUUUUAAAUUUUUUAUUUUAGCUGGUUUGUUCAUGACAUGAUAUAGAGUUUAAGAUGCAUUAUUUUUUUUAAAUGCUUUUAUUUGAUUUUUGUGACACAUACUUGUACUUUGACAAGAAGAAUAGUAGACAUUCCAGGGAUUUUUUCAGCUUAAUAGAUUUUAAUUUUUGUUUUUUUUAAAGACUAUUUUUGAAUAUUUGUAGAGCAAUUUAGCUGGUAAUUAUAUUGGAACCAAAAACAAAGAUAAGACCUUGUAAUAUAUAAAUAUGUACAUAUUGUUAAAGUGAUAAUGGUAUCCUAUAAUAGGGUACAAAUGAUAGGAUAAUAUAUUAUUUACCUUAUCAACCAAUGAUAUGCCCUGUUAAAUAUAUUAUUUACCUUAUCAACCAAUGAUAUGCCCUGUUAAAUAUAUUAUUUACCUUAUCAACCAAUGAUACGCCCUGUUAAUAACAACUCAUGACAAAGAUAGCAUGAUCAGGUUUACUGUAGCAAUAAUUCUCUGAAGAUGAAUGUAUUUGUUUCUCUGAAGAUGAAUGUAUUUGUGAGUUAAGUUACACGUUAAUCAUGCCAAAACUUGAUCAAACAGGGAUACCAACAUUAUACAUUAAGAUAUAGGACCUCAAUAUCAAGAAAAUGUCUCCAUGUAUAUAAAAGCAAUAUGAACCCAGGUCAGAAAAGUCUAUAACAUGACAAUGCAAUAUAUUUACACCGUAACACGAUAUAUUUCUAUGUUUUACGAUCAUUUCGGAUUAUUAUAUAGUUAUAAAUCAUGUUUGUGAAACGAUAUGGGGUUACCUGCUGGACCAGAUUGAUUUCCUCUAACUUUUUAAGUGGUUUCCUCCAGAAACAAGACCUUGUGUGCUACCAUCCAUGACAUAAAGACUGAUUAAUAAAAGUUAACCUUUUUCAUAGUUGUUGUAAAACAAAUUAAGUUUUUAUUAUAAAUUACUGCGAGAUCCCCUGGUUUUACUGCUCUGUAUCAAUAAAACCUCUAUGGGUGUUUAUAUUGUAGAACUGAAGUAUAAAGUGAUAAAUUGAUUUAACCGCAUAAUAAAUCCAAACUCUUCUUCAUUACAAAAGUGACUGAUAGGGUUCCUAUUAUAUGGACUUGUACCUAAAAUACUCCAGUAUUGAUAUUUAUACACUUAUCUGGUUGUAAACAGCUGGUAUGGAGUGAUGGGAAAAGCUAAGUGUGGUCAAGUGGUACAGUGGUAACACACUUGCCUUUCACCUUGGCGGCCAGGGUUCGAUUCCCCGACGUGACAAGUAAUGGCAUCAACUGUCCGACCACGUGGUUUUUCCUUGGUUCUCCAGUUUCCUUCCACACUAAGAACCCAGAUGCUUAAAUCUGGGACAACAAGCUGAUUGAUAUUGUUUUAGCAAUUGUUAUAAAAUAAAUGAAGUUCACAUUUUUUUACGGAAAAAGUUCUAUUGUGUGAAAACGAUGUAAUUACCAGGCCUUUCUCCUCAGACUCAGACAGGAUGUAAUUACCAGGCCUUUCACCUCAGACUCAGACAGGAUUUAAUUACCAGGCCUUUCUCCUCAGACAGGAUGUAAUUACCAGGCCUUUCUCCUCAGACACCGACAGGAUGUAAUUACCAGGCCUUUCUCCUCAGACUCAGACAGGAUGUAAUUACCAGGCCUUUCUCCUCAGACUCAGACAGGAUGUAAUUACCAGGCCUUUCUCCUCAGACUCAGACAGGAUGUAAUUACCAGGCCUUUCUCCUCAGACUCAGACAGGAUGUAAUUACCAGGCCUUUCUCCUCAGACUCAGACAGGAUUUAAUUACCAGGCCUUUCACCUCAGACUCGGACAGGAUGUAAUUACCAGGCCUUUCUCCUCAGACUCAGACAGGAUGUAAUUACCAGGCCUUUCUCCUCAGACUCAGACAGGAUGUAAUUACCAGGCCUUUCUCCUCAGACUCAGACAGGAUUUAAUUACCAGGCCUUUCUCCUCAGACUCAGACAGGAUUUAAUUACCAGGCCUUUCUCCUCAGACUCGGACAGGAUGUAAUUACCAGGCCUUUCUCCUCAGACUCCGGGGGGGAUUUAUAAUUGUUUAGUUGAUGUAGGAUUGUAGUUUUUAAUAAUUUUAAUAAUACACUUGAUAUAUUACCUUUAGUUUUGAGUUGUGUGCAAUAUGUCUCUUCCUAUUCUGUGUGAUUUUAGGUAUAAAAUACAAGUGUACAUUCCUAUGUUCUGUCAUGUAUGGUAUAAAAUACUGCUGUAUCGAUUAAAUUAAACAGAGGUGCUCCACUUAGCUGUUUUUCCUGCUUUAUUUAGUCAUUAGAAUGAAUAUGAAUUUACAGUUAUUGACUUGCAUUGAGGUUGUUACCGUGAUUUAUCAACCUGUUGAAAAUGUUUUUUUAAAGUCAAUAUAUUUUAAAUAAAUAAAUAUCACAAUAUGUGAAACAUGUUUUGGUUGUUGACUCGGUACAAGGUCAAUCCUCAUGGAAGAUUAUUGAUAUCAUAUUUUGUUCGUGACUCAGUACAAGGUCAAUCCUCAUGGAAGAUUAUAGAUAUCAUGUUUUGUAUUUACAUUUUAUAUUACAUAAUUUAAAAUAUGAAAUGUUUUUUGGGUUUUUCUAACAAUCCUUCUCCCCACCCCACCCACCCCGCCAUUUUAUUCCCCCAGACAUGUAAACAUUGUAAAGACGAAUGAAAAUAAAUACUUUAAAUCAACUCAACUUGUAUUUUGGUGCUAAACACUUUUUUCAUUGCGUUUUAAUUUCACGAUUUACAGUAAAAAAAGGCCUACUGUACCUGUAAUUGAAACUAUUUCGUUGCUAUUAAUCUUUGCCGGCAAAAAACAAAAAUUAAAUUUACAGUAAAUAGGCUUAUAAAAAAUUUUGUUGUGAUACAAGACCAGAUUUUGUUGUUCAAGAAGCAAUCGAAAUAGCUUCAAACAAUCGAAAUAGCUUCAAACAGCUUCAAACAAUUGAAAUAGCUUCAAAUGAUUGAAAUAUCUUCAAACAAUCGAAAUAGCUUCAAACAAUCGAAAUAGCUUCAAAUAGCUUCAAACAGCUUCAAACAAUUGAAAUAGCUUCAAAUGAUUGAAAUAGCUUCAAACAAUUGAAAUAGCUUCAAACAAUCGAAAUAGCUUCAUACAAGCUGAAUAGCUUUAUAACUCAAAAGAAAAUUCCCCAAGACAUUUCAUGUUGUGCAGUAAUUAUGGUAAUUAAAUGUUUUUAUAAGAUGUAAUUGUAUAUGUAACUGUAGACUGUUGUUUUUAAAGAAUUUUUAUUUACCUGUUCAUAUUUAAGUUUUUAAACAGAGAUUAAAUUUUCACUAUUAAAA